GUCACACUGCUCGUAAUAAUUUUCACAGCUUGUGAAAUAAAACAUUCAAUUUGCAAUUUUCUGGACAAAACUAGGAGGACACAAGUGGAAUGUCUGGUGGUCCCUCAGUAACGCUAAAAAGUCAACCAAUUGAUGGGAGCAACAGUGGGAAUGCUGCGGCGCAGCAGCAGCAGCAGUCUGCGAAUGGCGCAGCGUCUUCGGCGAACCAGGGCCAAGUCAGCAACAACAAUGGAAGCGCUGGGGUAAGCGGUGGUGCGGGAACGCCCGCACAAGAGGGCACACGCCAGAACAGCUUGCAGCGCAUCCAGCAGCGCAAGCAAAAAGUAUUCAACCUGCCCGUGCCCCAGAAGCUGGCCAAGCUGUCGAUGUACUCGGCCUGCCAGGCUGAAGGCUGCCGUUGCACUGGAUGGAAGACCCCGCAGGAGAACAGGCAUCGUGAUGUGGAGUCGUCCUACUGUCCCGAGUUCAACGAGGAGUGUCGCAACUCCAGCUGCCGCCACUCGCUGCGUACGCACAUCGCCCACUUGGAUAAUAUUUCCAGCUCCAGCAUGGACGAGCUGCUGGGCGCGAUUAUUGAUAUGGAAAAUCUGUUCAUGUCCAUGCAGCGGGUGGAGGAUGAGGAUACCAAGAAGGUAUACUUGUACCUGUUCCGCCUUUUGCGUCAGUGUGUGCUGACGCGUCAGCAAGCUGUCAUUCGUGGCCCCCUGGGUGAUCCCCCAUUCGAGUCGCCCUGCAUCACAAAGGCAGUCUUGUCGCUGGUCUUCUACAAGUACCAGCACCUUAACCCGACUGAGCUUCAAACUAUGACUGAGGUGGCGAAGACGUUUCUAAACUUUCUCAACCACUACAAUUUCGAGUCGCCGUCGACGCGGCGCGGCGACCUAACCCACGAGGAUGCUUCCAACUAUAAGAUUAACUACACCCGUUGGCUCGUCUUCUGUCACGUUCCUGCCUUUUGCAAUUCCCUGCGCCAGUUUGAGACCUCGCUGGUCUUUGGGCGCACCCUGCUGCGCACCGUGUUCCAGUACAUGUCGCAGCAGCUGAAGAAGAAGUGCAUUUCGGAGCGUGAUCGCUUUCCCGAAGACAAGCGAUCGAUCAUAACGCAAAUGCCAAAGUUCCUGGAGGCGCUGCGUGCAGAGCUCAUGAAGGAUGACUCACCCAUCUGGGAUCCCAAUUACCGUCCACCCAAUUCAUUUGUCAUCCAGCAACGCAAGCGCAACCAGGAAGCGUCGGCACCACCAGCCCCUGGUGGCGGUGCAGCUGCCAUUGGCGGCAAUAAACGCUCAAGCGUGGGCGAACCGCUGCACAAGAGACCCAAAAAGGAAACAAUCGAGCGUCCCAUCAGUGAGAACUUGGAUGAUCUUCCUACAGAUGUGGUAAUGCGUGCCAUGAAAUCGGUCUCCGAGUCGAAGACAACAAACAAGGCGGAGAUUCUCUUUCCGGUAAAUGUAUCGCGGGAUGAGAACGUCAAGGCCGAGGAGCAGAAGCGCGCCAUUGAGUUCCAUGUGGUGGGCAACUCCCUAACGAAGCCGGUGGAUAAGCAGACGGUACUGUGGCUGCUUGGCCUGCAGCUUGUCUUUGCCUACCAGCUUCCCGAAAUGCCCCGCGAGUACAUCAGCCAGCUGGUGUUUGACACAAAACACAAGACCCUUGCCCUGAUCAAGGAGAGUCAGCCAAUUGGCGGCAUUUGCUUCAGGCCAUUUCCAUCGCAGGGUUUCACAGAGAUUGUCUUCUGCGCCGUGACCAUGGCUGAGCAGGUUAAGGGCUACGGCACACAUUUGAUGAACCACCUGAAGGAUUACAGCAUUCAGCGUGGCAUUAAGCAUCUGCUCACAUUUGCCGAUUGCGAUGCCAUUGGUUACUUUAAGAAGCAAGGUUUCUCCAAGGACAUCAAGCUGGCACGUCCCGUCUAUGCGGGAUAUAUCAAAGAAUACGACAGCGCCACAUUGAUGCACUGCGAGCUGCAUCCAACCAUUGUCAAUACGCAAUUUAUUGCGGUGAUAAGAAAUCAGAGCGAAAUUCUUAAGGAGCUCAUUGCGCAGCGUCACAAUGAAGUGCAGAAAGUUCGAACUGGUUUAACUUGCUUCAAGGAGGGUGUACGCUCCAUACCGGUCGAGUCUAUACCCGGCCUCAUGGAAAUCGGCUGGAAGCCACAAAUGCGCCCCGCACGAUCGGCCCGUCCCUUGGAGGAAUCAUCGGAUCCGGAAAAACUGGCCACAUCAUUCGCUUCGGUGCUGCAAUCCGUGCGUCAGCAUACCACGGCAUGGCCCUUUUUGCGGCCAGUAACAGCUGCCGAAGUGCCCGACUACUACGACCACAUCAAGUACCCGAUGGACCUGAAGACCAUGGGCGAACGUCUCAAGAAGGGAUACUAUCAAACACGUCGCCUCUUCAUGGCGGACAUGGCGCGCAUUUUCUCAAACUGUCGCUUCUAUAACUCCCCAGACACCGAGUACUAUCGCUGUGCCAACUCCUUAGAGCGUUAUUUUCAAACGAAAUUGCGCGAACUGGGACUGUGGGACAAAUGAUACAUGAGUGAAUGAGA